AUGACUGAAUUUUUAAGAAAUAUCCCAAAACCCAAAAAAAAAACAUAUGACAUGAAUGAAAAUGAAAUAUCCCCAAAACAAAUAAACACAAAAGAUGAAACAAAAAAACAAUGUUAUCAAUAUCUUAAAAGACAACAGCUUCGAAUUUCAUGCAAUUCUGAUUUUCAAGAUGGGGGUGCAUAUCCUGAAAUCCAUAUUAAUCAAUAUCCAAAUAAUAUGGGAUUAAAUACAAAAGAUGGAAAAGAAAAAAAAAAUUUAGUAUUAAAAUAUAUUGAUGAAAAUAAUAAUGUGAAAUAUGACAAUUUAAUCAAUGAAAGUAUACAUAUAUACAAUAAUAAUAUCGAUAUGAUCGAAACAAAUGAAUCCAUAAAAAAACUCAGAAAAAAAAAAAUAUUAUCACAAGCAGAAGAUAGAGAUGAAAAAUAUAAUGACGCUAUUUAUAAACCUAGUGAAAAAGAAGAAAUGGAAAUUAUUGAAAAUACAAAAAAAAAUAUAGAAAAUAUCAUAAAUGAAAAAAUUAAUAAAAAUUGUAUAAAUAAUAAAAAAGAAGAUAAAUAUUAUAGAUAUAUACCACAAAAUAAAUUAAAUAAUAAUUUAGAAGAACGAAUUAUAAAAGUAGUUGAACAAUCUACAGACCCGUUAGAUGUAUCCAAAUUUAAAAAUAAAAAACUUCCUAAUAUUAAAAAUUCACCAAAUUACCCAAUACUUAGAUCACCUACACGAAAAUUAACAAAAGAAGAAGAAAAAGAAUGGCAAUUACCUCCAUGUGUAUCAAACUGGAAAAAUAAUAAAGGAUAUAAUAUUGCUUUAGAUAAAAGAAUUCAAAGUGAUUAUAAAAAAUUAAAUAAUCUUGAAAUAAAUCAAAAAUUUGCACAUCUAAGUGAAUAUUUAUAUGUUGCUGAAAAAAAAGCAAGGGAAGAAAUAAAAAUGCGUAACAAUAUAAUUAAACAAAAAAAAUUAAAAGAAAAAGAAAAAAAAGAAGACAUGCUCAGAAAUCUAGCUAUUCAAGCCAGAAAAGAAAAAGGAAAUACUCAAAGUUCUAUUAUAAAUGAUAGAAAACGAGAAUUAGAAAAAGAAUAUAAAAUUGAAAAAAAUCUUAAAAAAAUUAAAAACUAUCAAAAUAGACAUAUAGAAGAACAAAUAGCUCUAAACAAAGUUAAUGUUAAUAAAAAUACUAAUAUACAUGAUAUAAGUCUAUUUAACAUAAAUAAUGAUAAUAAUAAUAAUUCGAAUUUGCACGAUAAUGAAGAAUAUCAAAUAUAUGAUACAUCAUUAUUUGAUAAUAAGCAUAGUACUAAUAUAUAUAAAUUCUCAAAAGAAAGAGUAAAUAAAACACUUCAAAAAAUUGAAACAUCUAAAAAUGCUGAACCCAUCAAAUUUGUUAAGGAUACUCUUGAUCCUUUUGGCUUAGACAGUUUAUUAUCACAAGCUAAAAAAAAAUAA